GUUGUAGUUAUCACAUUAACAUAUAAUUAUCAUGCGUGCCAUUUUGUGACACAUGGACACUGGAAGAGUGUGUGCAGUAGGCAAGGCAGAACCAAGGAACGUAUGUAAAAUCCUUGGGCAGAACCGUCCGUGUGUGUUAGUAAGACACAAACAUGUCGGUGCUCAGCCGUCUGCCUGCUCUCGGCGCCCUGCGUGCCUUACCUGGCCGCCCCCUCGCUCUCUCCGUCGCCCAGCGGGGGAUGGGGGUGGGGGACCACGCACCAUGGACAUCACGGCUUCGCGGUGGCAGUGGCAUAAGUUCAAGGACGUGCUGCACUUCUACUUCAUGCUGGGCGCCCUCCCCCUCACUGCCCUUGCCUUCGCUGUCAACGUGUUUGUCGGCCCAGCCCAGCUGGCACCCACCCCAGAGGACUACACCCCCAAGCACUGGGAGUACCACCGUCACCCCAUCUCGAGGUUCCUGGCCCGGUACUUCUACACCAGCCACCAGGAGGACUAUGAGAAGUACCUCCAUUACAUCUACGAGGAGAACGAGAAGAAGCAAAUGAGGCUGAUUGAGAAGAGAGUGAAGGAGCUGAUGGCAGAGAGGGAGGACACCAGGGCACACUACUACCGUCCAAUCCUCACCAAGUACCACAAGAAGGUCAGGGAGGAGUACGACCAGAUGCAGCACGAGCGAGGCUUCUAAGGACCCGUGCGGGACUCCUGUUGGGGAAUACUGGGGGGACUGGUGGUGGGUUUGCCUGUGGGUUUCUCCUGAAGUUAUCAAUUUGUUUUAUAUAUUUAUUCAUUAUUUCUUUUCUGUAUGUAAGAUCGUCACUGGUUAAGCAUAUCGAAAAAAGUGAAAAAAAAAGGCCCUCUGAGGUGGCAGUUCCAAAAUGCAAAAAGGUUUAUGAAAUUAUAAAAGCUAAUCUAUUAUGCCUACUGCCACCACCACCACCACCACCACUGACUUCACCCCAACAUUCUGUCUAUGAUGUAUAUAUGAGUGACUUCCUUUAUAUAGUUGUGUAAGAUGUCAGUGUAUGCUCUGCCAUCAUGCCACCUUACCCCUCGUCUUCUGAAGGGAGGAAGAGGUGCGGCUGAAUUGUAUGCAUACUUCAGAAUGUGGCAAAGAAUGUUAAUUUAUGUA